AAUCUAUUAAGCAGUUUUUUUUCUCUUAUGUUGAUUCUUGCACGUCUGUGUAAUCUCGAAUAUUUUAUCAUAUUAGGUUAAUCAAUCAAAAGUCAUAAAUCGAAUUUCCUGUUCUCGACUACCUCUGCAUUACUAAUCAUCGUGUACGUACUGACUAAUUUUAAUAAUGGGUUGGAAAAAAAUGCCAUAAAAUAAUUCACAUUCUAUUACCACGGAAACUUUUUCCAAUCAUGACACAUUAUGAAUGCGUUACCGACAUUCGAGAAUAAAAAUGCAACUUUCAUUAAAAGCUCGCGAGUAUGGAGAAUGAAUAAAUUCAUAAUAAUGAAUAAAUGUUAUUUAUGCUAUCUCCGAGUUCGCGAGAUACGAAGUUCCAGUAUUUUACAAUGCCUCUACGUCUGCGGUGAUAAUUCAAUUGAUCAUUUGUUUACAAACUCUUAGGGACACUCGAGGUUUUACACGAAAUUCUAAGAUUUCGAAAAAAAGUCCUAUCAAGUGCCGAAUCAUUCUGAUAAGAAUUACAAUGCCUUUUUCCACGACGCACGUAAGUUUGAAAAAAUUGCGACAUCAUCUCGCGGCGCGAUAUCGAAGAGUCGGCAUUUAUUAGAGUUUAAUAAAUCGAGUUUAUUAGAUACCGGCUUAAAGGUGGGGGACGAACAUGUUUUGCGCAUCGCUCAACUUUGUGUACAUAUAUAAAUUUGGUCGCCGGCGAGAACCGAUCGCCAGUUUAAUCGUGCUCGAGACCUUACUAUCAUUGCGUUCAUAACAAUUAGCGUGGCAUAUAUACUUAAACGGAAAAAUAAGUGCACGUAAAAAUGGUUUUAAGGGACAUGCCGGAACUCAGUGAGCCACUGCCGCUUCAGGAUCUCGACGGCUUGCUUCAGCAGAGCCUCAAGGAUGUCACCGACGUCCAGGUCAAGAGCUGGAAGCACCUGACGGAUCCGGGCGAGAAUUUCGGUAGCCUGAUUCUGUCGAUCGAGGCAUCAGUUAAGCGAGAAAGUGGCGAGCACGAGACGCUGCAUCUGGUUUGUAAGAUGCCACCCAAAUCUGAAUAUCUGCUGGACCUUUUCAACAGCCCAUUGGCCUUCAAAAAAGAGCUCUACUUUUACAAGACGAUCGCGCCGGCUUUUCUCGAACUGCAGAAAAAGAGUGGCCUUGGCGACAACGAGCUUAUCAAGCUCUUCCCACACCUUUACGGUGGUCGCAUGAAUAUUACGAACGAGGGUGAGAAAUUCGACGAGCAAGCAGCCAUUGUCUUGGAAAAUCUCAACUUUUCUGGCUACUCGACCAAAGACCGCAUAACCGGCAUGGAUCUCGAGCACAUGCAGUACGGUGUGCGUGAACUUGCCAAGCUUCACGCCAUUACUUGCGGUUAUCGCGCCAAGUAUCCAAAGGAGUUCCAAGAAACCAUAGCACCAGGUCUGGAGGCUUGUCACAACGAGGUAGCCAUGAACUGUGUCAUGGAGAUGAUUCACAAAGCCAUCAACAAUUUAAAGAGAUUGGAGCCAGAUACAAAGCUUAUUGAUAGGGUCUUGAAAACAAUGGAACUUUGCGAGCGUCAUGAAAAAGAACCAAAAGCUGUUUUAGAGCACUGGUGUACUUUCGUACAUGCUGAUUUCUGGGUCAACAAUAUGAUGUACCGCUAUGACAACGAGAAAAAAAUUACCGGCAUGAAAAUCGUUGAUUUUCAACUCAGCCAAAACGACUAUGGAAUGAAAGACCUAGUUUUCUUCCUCAUAUCUAGUGCCCAGGAAGAAGUAAUCGACAACAAUCUGAAUGACCUCAUAAAUUUAUACUACGAAACGUUUAUCGACACUUUGCGUGCCCUCAAAGUCGAUACGACGCUCUAUCAACGCGAGGAAUUCGACAGGCUACUGAUUGAAUCGGCGCCACUUAAGUUUCCUCAGUGCAUUAUGAUGGUACAGGUGAUCAAAGCGACGAGAGGCAGUGCCCCGGACGUGAACAGUAUUACAAAUGGAGAAGCUUUUCUGAAUAUCGGCAAAGGACAGCUCUACGAGAAAAAACUUUUGCAUGUGUUGCAUACCUACGACAAAAUGAAUUGGUUAGCCUAAUUUACCUUCGAUGAGUCAAUUCAUUGCUCUCUUGUAUUCGUUUAUUUUAUUGUCUUCCAGUGUAAAUGUACACGACAAUGUAUCAUAUGUUAAAUUAGUGAGAGAAAUGAAUAGUGCUACGUUGAUUGCAAAAAAAAAACUAAACUUUUAAGGCUGGUAGUUAAGUUUUAUUAUAUGAAUUACAAAAAUUGUAUUAAUGAAAGAUUCGUGGGUUUUUAAAAACAAUAAUACAUAACUAUAUUAUUCUAAAUAACAUAAUUAUGUAUUUAUUUUAAUUUGUAAAUCGAUAAAUCACUUGCGAGUGAUAAUCUGUAUAAAAAAUGUAACUUAAAACAUAAGUGAAUGAACCAAGAGGAUAAUUUUGUACAAAGAAAAAAAUUAUAAAGAUUAAAAAUCUUUUCAUUCCAAGUAUAAAAAAUAUUGAGCUACUACAUAUAAAA